AUGGCAGCUAGAACACCUGCCAGAACACCUGCUAGAACACCAGCAAGAACACCAUCUAAUGUGAGAACACCAGCACCAAGUCGAACACCUGCUCCUACUGGUAGAACACCAGGUGCUCGAACACCGAUGACAGCUUAUACACCUAGUAUGAGCAUAGGAGGUGUUGAUCAAGCUACUAUCCAGAGAGCAGCAGCUGGUCUAUCAUCUAAUAUAUACAAUACUCUAGCUCAAGUUGCUAGUGCCACCCCACAACAACCCAAUAGAAACGUCUCUAGUUUUAACACGGCUCAUUAUCAGCCUGGAGUGACUCCAAUGAUGACACCAAUGAUGACUCCAAAUUAUCAUGGCAACCAGAUUGCACAAACACCUAAUCAAGCACCUGCUUCUCAAUCUCAGCCUUUCACACCUUCCUACAAUCCAACACCAAGAACAUCAAAUUGGUCUGGAAUGACACCAAGAACACCAGCCCAGAAUCAGCCUACUACUUCCUCCUCACGUCCUACAGCUGGCACCAGUAAAUCAGGAACAGACUGGGCUAAAGCUGCUGAAAUGUGGGCAAAAAAGAAAACACCAAGUAAAAGUAAAAGGCGUGGUACACCAAACUCUGAUGAUUCGCCUCGAGGUGAUGGUACACCUUUAAUUGAUGAACGAUGA